AUGUCGCGCGCACGGCACACCAUUUCGGUUGCGCUCUUCGUGAGCUCGCUCUACCUCUCGCUGUACCUCGAGCUCCUCCCCCUGCCGCCCGUCAUCCAGAAGGACAUCAUCCCCGUGCUCCCAUUCUGGGCACUCGUCUCGCUCGGCGCGUGGCUGCUGUUCCGCCUGGGCUGGGGCAUGCUGACGUUCCGCGACACGCCCGAAGCGUACGCCGAGCUGAUGGAGGAGAUCAAGCUGGCCAAGGCGGACCUGCGGACCAAGGGCGUCGACGUCGACUGA